UUCCACUGCUCCCACACUUGCAAUCUUUUUAUCUGCAUAGCCAUGAUGACAAUGGCUUUAAUAUCUCCAUGUUUUGUAGCCAUACACUCGACACCUCUUCACAACCCAGGGGUUUCCUUCAUUUCCAAAGAAAACAAUCACAAGCUUAACAGAACACUCAAGUUUCACCUUUUGACACCCAAGGCUACAGGAGACAAGGAAACAAAGCCUAAAACAAAAAGUGUUAUAUGUACCGAUUGUAAUGGCAAUGGCGCAGUUCAAUGUUCACAAUGCAAAGGUGUUGGCGUUAACCCUGAAGAUUUUUUUAACGGACAAUUUAAAGCCGGGGACUCAUGUUGGCUUUGCGGAGGCAAGAAAGAAAUGCUAUGUGGAAAUUGCAAUGGAGCCGGCUUUGUAGGAGGCUUCUUGAGCGGCUUUGAGGAUUCAUAAGCGGGCUUUGAUCAUUAGAUUCACACGUAAAUAUUAAAAAGUUCAAGCAUAAUAUAAUAUAUGUAAAUAAGUUUUAUAUCAUCUCAUAUCUCAUUUAUUGUUCAGAUAUUUUUUUAUAGCAUAAUCAUGCAUGUUCUGUAACAAGUAGAUUCAAACGCUGUGUAUGAACUCACUGAUUUGCUUCUGUAACAACCGAGCCGGUUGCAAAUCAGGCCUAAACACAUGAAAAACAUGUUUUUCGUUUCUGGUCUCAA